CCGAAAUUGCAAAAUCAAUCGUUCGCGGGGAAAAUGGCCGAUUCACAUGAGAUCGAGCCUCAAGCGAAAAGGAGAAAAAUUUUCAAUGAAUCUUCCAGUGGAAUCACGCAGCCCGUCGCGAUAGCUUCGUCCCAUCAACUUCGAAGUCUUCUUGUAUUCCAACAGAGCGUCUCGCAAGAAGUGAAGCAAGGUAUCCGGACUUUUAAGGACUUUCUUACUUCAAUUGGCAGUGAAGAAGAUGAAAAAGCCAAAGCAAAAAAGCUGCAGAUCCUCAAAAGUUAUUGCGACUCGCAAGUUGUAAAGGAUGCCGAGGGCAAGCCAGCGGCCUGCUUUCUUGACCUUUUACAAACAUGGGCCUUUGCAGAGAGUAAUAACGAGGAGUCUCUCCUGUCUUUGAUACCCUCCGUACUUGCCCUUUUCUUGAAAACCGUCUCUGGACAGCUCAGUUUUAGGGAUUUUGGGCUGGCGCUGUGCAAGUUUUUAUUGCAAAAAGACCAACUAAAAUUGUUCAAUCGAGGGCUUACCGCGAGUAAAUCCAAGGAGCAUUUGAUCUCGCCGUGUUUACGACUACUUACGGAGGUCGUGAGCUUUGAUGGAGGCGCUAUCGCCAGGGUUGUCUAUGCAAGCCGAUAUAUCACGUUUAAACGCCUCGAUAUAUUUCUCAGUGGCCGUAAAUCGAAUAUUGAGGAGGAGCCAGAAGACCAUCGGAAACCCUCUCUUCGACGCAUAGCGCAACGUUACCUCCUGGCAAACUUCAAGUUUCAAGGCGCAAGCGCCAAGGAGGAGCUCGUCAGCCAGGGAAAACUUAUCAAAGCCUUCCUGGAAGAGAUUCGCAAAGAUGCACGCGACAUUGUUAUUGAUAUUAUUAAGACUAUCGACAAGCAUAUUGUAAGCGAUGCUGAACUUCCACGCAAUUCCAAGAGCCGUUUCCUCAAUCGCAGCAAUUUGGAAAGGUUGGUCACACUAUAUGGAUACGAAAAAGACUCCACUGAACCCACCAUCAAGAACGAAUCUGUCUCCGAUGAAAUUCACAAGUUUAUGUUGUCCAUUUGUACGUCCCAGGAAAAGGGAGUCUUGCUGCCAGAAACCGGAUGGUAUCCGUUCGGGAGUACUCCAAAUGUGCUCCCGCCGGAAGAUACUGGAUGUAUUUCUCUUGGCCUUGAUUCGCCAGUUUAUUUCGACAAAUAUAAAGAGUCAGUACCCGUUCGGAACGGAAAUCUCUCUUCUUUGGUCCAAUUUCUUCGACCAGAAUCCGACACUUUACAGAUGGAACUGCUUUUGAAGAUAUUCAGAGCAGCACCCGAACUCGUCUAUGAGUUUUUCUCCAAACGAACCAUGUUCACAUCGGACCCCAAACCCACCCCCAGCUGGCUUGGAGAGUCCGCAUUCCUGUUUUCGUCCGUCCAGCUACCGGUACCAGCGCAAUGCGGGUGGAAAGGGGUGUCACCGCCGGUGAUACCGCCUCCCAUCUCUAUUGUCAUCGAAAGUAUAAUACCUCGACCGCUUACGCAAAAAAUAUUGACGCGGUGUAUAAAUCAGAACGCCGACGUGGUUACCUUAUUUGCCAUUAGAAUCACAACGCUUGCAUUGCGAAAGCUUCAGGCGGUGUUGAAGUUGUUUGAAUGCUCAAGGGAUGUUGGCCAGGAUCUAUGGAGUGAUGCAGCUGCCAAACUAGUGGCGGAGUUUUGUAGAAGAUGUCCUGCAAUGAAAGACGCGAUUGCUGCGUUUCGACAGACCCCAAAAGACAAUAUACAGCAACAGGAUGCAGUGCUAGAGCUGCUGUCAAUGUUUUAUCAAGUCAUCCCGGCGAUCGCCUUGAAGGAAAAGUUCGACGUAUCUCUAACGUUGGUCGAUGUCCUGAAGCAGUUGGACAACUCUGAGCUCUCUGGUUAUGAUAAGCAACUGCUGUUUAGUCAAUUACAGAGCCUUUUAAUCAUUGCCCAAGAAUCCCCGACGAUGCGUUGGUGGCAGAAGCCCGGGUCCUUGGAAUUUUCCGCAUUUACAUCCGUUUUGAAAGUAGUUGCAAGUGCACCGGACAACUCUCCCCUUGAAGAAAUUAAGCCUCUUCUUCAAGAUAUAUUGGUUCACAAUUCGGUCUUAGCAGAUAGAGAGUCUUUUAGCGCCUUAACUCAAGGGCUAACGGUCUCGGCUCCAGAGGAUUUCAAGGCCCAACUUGAUUUCAUUGAUAAUUGUGUUACGAGACUUGUCAAAAAGCCAGUACUUUAUCUGGACCAGGGACAGUCUCUAUUGGGAAGCGGUUCGCAGAAACUUAGUUUACUUGCUACUACGGUUAAUGAACAGUGGUCGUUCGUGGUCAAAGCUGGGAAUAGGGAUAGUGAAGUGGCAGUUGCAGGCUGGAUUGCCCAGCUUCUUGGGUCACUGAAGAACGCAGGCGAAGAGGAGAAUGCAUUGGCCAGACUCCGGGAUGCCAUGAUGGAAGCAACUGAGACAAAGAAAAGCCGAUCGCUGCUGAAAAAGGCUCUCAAAAGUCGAGAGAAAAUGUCUUCAGAUAAGCAUGAGAAAAGAACGACUAGGAGUAUUACGCCGCAAGUUUCAACCAGUGAAAAGAUCCAAGUAUCACUUCCGGAUAUAUUUGGCAAAUGUCCUGUCGAAGACGAAUCACACCCCGGACUUCAUCGCUGGGAGAAAGAUGAUCUAGAAUUGGCACUGGAUCAAGGCUAUGUUGGGGAGUUGAUAUUAUGCCUCUGUUCGGAGCAUGAGGAGAUUCGACGACAGGCCAUUAUUGCUAUUUCGCGGUUUAUGGCCAGGCUUCAAGAAUCUACUUAUUCGGAACGUCAGACGAUGUACGUUCUAAUGGGAGAGUUGCUGGAGACUGCUAAAGAGAACGGAGUCGAAAACACGUUGCCCUAUAUUGCUGGCGAGCUUGGUGCCCGAUUACUGGAAGCACUAAUGGACCCGUUGCACAAGCUUUAUGGCAAGGCAAAUACGUUCUUAAACAAGGGACCUCUCUGGGAAAUUGCAAAAGUCCCGUCUUACUGGAUUGAUAAGAUCCUUUUGCACGAAUCGGAAUACGACGACAGUCAUUACGAGGAAGUUAGUUGGCUGUUGGACCUGUUUGUUAACGGUCUUAGAUCAAAGAAGGACUUGGAUAUCUACCGCCGUGCUAGUGUUUUCGAACGUCUGCUUUCCCUAUACAGUUCACCGAACCUCUCGGAAAGCUUACGGAAGAAGAUACUACAUUUGGUCUUUCGCGCCUGCGAGGUUGGCGGUAAUACCACUCUGUUAACUCGCGCUGCGGCGAUCAGCUGGAUCCAAAGUCAAACUCCGGCAAGUGUCUCCCAAAGACAGAUCUUGCAGGCGCUUGCAAGAGAGCUCUACGAUGGCUGUGAUCAUGAGUGGAUUGAUCGCUGGAGUGGCUUAGCUUUGCCAAAGACAAUAGCUCAGAUAUCGGGAUAG